CUAAAGAGCAAGGGCGAGAGAGGAAUGCGGAGCUUCGUUUCUCUGUGAAUUGCUUCGGAGGUCUGAUCCUAUUGAUCGCCGGAUAAUCUAUAUUCCCAUAGACUUCGUAGGGACGUUUUUGGUUUUUGAUGGCUUCGGAGGACGUGAAGACUAGCGAAACGGCGGUGUCGACGAUCGUGAAUCUGGCGGAGGAAGCGAAGCUCGCGAGAGAGGGUGUUAAGGCCCCUAGCUAUGCUAUACUUAGCAUCUGCAAGUCUCUCGUUGCUGGCGGCGUAGCCGGUGGAGUGUCACGAACUGCUGUUGCUCCUUUGGAACGUUUAAAAAUCUUACUUCAGGUUCAAAAUCCACAUAGUAUAAAAUACAAUGGUACAAUUCAAGGCUUGAAGUACAUUUGGGGAACAGAAGGUUUACGCGGAUUAUUCAAAGGCAACGGUACUAAUUGUGCACGCAUUGUUCCAAACUCGGCUGUCAAGUUUUUCAGCUACGAGCAAGCUUCAAAGGGAAUCCUAUAUAUGUAUCAACAGCAAACUGGCAAUGAGGAUGCUCAACUCACUCCUCUUUUACGCCUUGGAGCUGGAGCAUGUGCUGGAAUAAUUGCUAUGUCUGCAACUUAUCCUAUGGACAUGGUACGGGGCAGGCUCACUGUACAGACAGAAAGCUCGCCUUAUCAGUAUAGAGGGAUGUUCCAUGCUCUGUCCACUGUGUUGCGGGAAGAAGGCCCACGAGCAUUGUACAAGGGUUGGCUCCCUUCUGUCAUUGGAGUUAUUCCAUAUGUGGGCCUCAACUUUGCUGUGUAUGAAUCUCUAAAAGAUUGGUUAAUCAAAAGCAGACCACUUGGGUUAGUCAAUGACUCUGAGUUGAGUGUGACAACCAGGCUUGCUUGUGGGGCUGCUGCUGGAACUGUAGGCCAAACUGUUGCUUAUCCUCUGGAUGUGAUUCGCAGAAGAAUGCAAAUGGUAGGAUGGAAAGAUGCGGCCUCAGUUGUCACUGGUGAUGGGAGGAACAGGGCCACUCUUGAAUAUACUGGCAUGAUUGAUGCUUUCAGGAAAACUGUUAGGCAUGAAGGCUUUGGAGCAUUGUACAAGGGUCUGGUGCCUAAUUCUGUGAAGGUUGUACCUUCAAUAGCUAUUGCAUUUGUGACAUACGAGAUGGUGAAGGACAUUUUAGGGGUCGAGAUUAGAAUAUCAGACUGAAACAGAGCCGAUUCAACUUAAUAUUUAUGAGGUGUGGUAUUUUGUAGGCCAAGGGGAUAGAGAGAGGUAAAGUAGGGGGUGAUCUUCUUAACCUUUUUGUCUUGCAAACAAGUUUAGAAGCUUGCACAAACCUUUUCAUAAUUUCUUCCCAUGUUUCUCUAGCGAACACUGCCGCUUUAAACUCCUCAUUCACGUGCUGUGUCAAUGAGGAUGAAGGAAUAAUUUUAGAAACACAAGUUGUGUGCCUCUGCAUAAAAGUUGAGAAGCAAUUUCGAAGCCUUCUCUGCGAUAUUGAUUGUGUUUUCUCUGUGGUGUGUAGAACAGUUUAUCUCAGUAAGUUUGUUUGAUUGAGC